GGAGGAAGGGAAAGAGCCGAAAGGAUACGAAAUGCCUGUACCCGUCCAGGUCACAUGCCACGUGACCGUAUUGCAAAAGUGAUCCUCUGCUGGCAGCACACGAGCCAAAUCAGGAAGUCGAUAAUGGAAGAGUAUUUUAAUCUUCAAGAAAAUCCAUAUUCAGAACACUAGCUGUAGGUAGUAGUACUAAAAACAAUUCAGGGAUUCUAAAAAUAAUUCAGGGACUCAGGAGCCAGGGUUUGGGGCGAUUCUGAGAAAAUACACGGUAACUUGCUUUGGAAUUUCACAUUGCAUGCUAGUCUAUUUUUUCGGCUCAAAGCGCGUAUUUUUCCGGUUAAAUUUGGCAGAUCUGCUGCAGAAAGUCCGAAGAGAUUUUGGAGAAAUAUUAUGUGCCAUACUUGCCAAAACUUGCUAUUACGUUUGACACUAUAAAUCUAGGCUAUGGGAGGCAAGAGCUCAAAAAUCUUUCGUCAGAGGAGUCAAUCUUGGGGUGCUCGGUCAUAUGAAUCUCCUCAAACUUGGAAUUCUUCAUCUUAUGGCCAGCAAAGUCAUCCAUCGGACACACGUGUAGAAUCAGAGGCUAAUAAGCACAAGUUACAAAGGAGAUACUCUCGAAUAGCUGACAAUUAUGAUUCACUUGAUAAGGUGACUGAGGCUCUUGCACAAGCUGGCCUUGAGUCUUCCAACUUGAUUGUGGGUAUUGAUUUCACAAAAAGCAACGAGUGGACAGGUACAAAGUCUUUUAAUCGGCGAAGUUUACAUCAUCUUGGAGAUAGUCCAAAUCCUUACGAACAAGCAAUUUCAAUUAUUGGACGGACCUUGUCUGCUUUUGACGAGGACAACUUAAUCCCGUGUUUUGGUUUUGGGGAUGCUUCAACUCAUGAUCAACAGGUAUUCAGUUUCUAUCCAGAUGAUAUGCUAUGCAAUGGAUUUGAAGAAGCACUAAGAAGAUAUAGGGAAAUAGUUCCCCAACUGCGACUUGCUGGGCCAACAUCUUUUGCACCAAUCAUUGAAGCAGCAAUCCGUAUUGUUGAGCAAAGUGGGGGGCAGUAUCACGUUCUUUUGAUAAUUGCAGAUGGGCAGGUUACAAGAAGUGUUGACACUGAAAAUAGUAACCUGAGUCCACAAGAACAGAAUACAGUCAAUGCAAUAGUGCAAGCAAGUGAAUAUCCACUCUCAAUUGUCUUGGUUGGAGUUGGUGAUGGACCUUGGGACAUGAUGCAAAAAUUUGACGAUAACAUACCAGCUCGAUCUUUUGAUAACUUCCAGUUUGUGAACUUUACAGCAAUCAUGUCAAAGAACAUUCCCGUUUCUAGGAAGGAGACUGAAUUUGCACUUGCAGCAUUGAUGGAAAUACCAUCUCAGUACAAGGCCACACUAGAUCUUCAAAUACUGGGUCGUCGUAGGGGGAAGAUGCCUAACAGUCUAUCUCUUCCACCACCUAUUGGCAAUGCUAAUACUUCUACCACACAGCGAUAUGCACGUUCAGAGAGUUUCCAAACCAGUAGUCCACCAGAUUAUGGGUAUAAUUCAUAUGGAGGAUCUGCUCCACCAACUGCUAAGGACACCUGGGAUGCUCAAAUGUGUCCAAUCUGCCUAACGAAUCCUAAAAAUCUUGCUUUUGGAUGUGGUCAUCAGACAUGUGCCGACUGUGGACAAAACUUGGAUAUAUGUCCUAUAUGUCGAACUGAAAUCAGCACCAGAAUAAAACUCUAUUAAAGUUCAAUGCAAUUCUGGGAGAAGGAAAACACGUAUUAUGACUUGUACCCCUGGAUUUAAUCUGUUUGGUGUCGAGUGGCGUGAAGGCGUGAAUUUGUGCUUUUAUUGCAUGGCUUCAAUAUUUCUGGAGGUGUGAGAAACGAAGUAAAUGUACAUUUCUUUUGUAUGGUGUAUUUAAUGUGUAUGCAACUUGGAAUUGAAAUUGCAGUUGCUGGAUUGAGUAAUUCGACUGUAGAUAAUACAUCACUCCCAUCUCGAAACAUUAUUCAUUUAUUCUAUUUUAUCUUCUUAUAUCACAAAUUGAAUUUUAAAUAUUGCAAAAUA